GAGGAGCGGGGGUGGGUUUGAGCGGCGGGGCGCAGCCAGCGUGUCCCCUGCGGCCGGUCCGGGUGGGGGGUCCGCCCCGGCGCCAUGGGCCCGGCCCGCCGUAGGGCCGCGCUCCGCCUACACGGCGGCGGGCCCCCGGCGCUGCUGGGCCUGCUGCCCGCCAGGUUCUCCGUCUUCCCGCUCUUCUUCCUGGCGCUGCUCCUGGGUUUCGCCUCGCUGCUCUGGCUCCAGCUGAGCUGUUCGGGCGAGGGGCCGGCCCCGGGCGCGGGGCAGAGCCGGGGAUCCCCCCGCCAGCCCUGCCCGCCCCAGGCCCCGCUCCUGCAGCCGGAGGACGACCCGUCCUGGGGUCACCAUCGCCUGGCGCUGCUCGUCCCCUUCCGCGAGCGCUUCGAGGAGCUGCUGGCCUUUGUGCCCUACAUGCACAACUUCCUGAGCAAGAAGAGGAUCCGCCAUCACAUCUUCAUCCUCAACCAGGUGGAUCAUUUCAGGUUUAACAGGGCGUCCCUGAUCAACGUGGGCUUUCUGGAGAGUGGCAACGACACUGACUACAUUGCGAUGCAUGACGUUGAUCUCCUGCCCCUCAACGAGCAGCUGGACUAUAGCUUCCCGGAGGCAGGGCCCUUCCACGUGGCAUCCCCAGAGCUGCACCCACUCUACCACUAUAAGACCUAUGUGGGUGGUAUCCUGCUGCUCACUAAGCAGCAUUAUGAGAAGUGCAACGGCAUGUCCAACCGUUUCUGGGGUUGGGGUCGGGAGGAUGACGAGUUUUACCGACGUAUCAAAGGAGCUGGUCUCCAGGUUCGCCGUCCCUCUGGAAUCACAACUGGCUAUGAGACUUUCCAGCACCUGCAUGACCCAGCUUGGAGGAAGAGAGACCAGAAGCGCAUUGCUGCACAGAAGCAGGAACAGUUUAAGGUGGAUUGGGAGGGAGGUCUAAACAACGUGAGGUACCGAAUUGAGUCACGGACAGCUCUGAGCGUGGCAGGAGCCCCUUGCACCGUCCUUAAUAUCCUGCUGGACUGUGAUACAAAUGAGACCCCCUGGUGCAUGUUUGGCUGAGCCCAUCUCCCGUGUGCCAAUUGUGUGUGCUAUGCUUGUGCCAAGAUGUGAGGGCUGCCGCCAAGCUGCCUGGAGCAGGCAGGAUUUUUGCAACAGACAAGCAUAGCAGUGCUGGCGAGAUGCAGAGAAACAGCGCUGGGAACCGGGCUUCGCUGGGACCAACAGAAGAGGCUGAGAGCAGGACUCUGCAGCAUCGCUGUGGACACUGGUGCUGCCUCCCAGGGCAGGUGCAGGAGGCAGUUUUCCUGCACUGGACAUGGCUGAUCAGCCACCCAGCUCAGAGGACAAUAAAGAACUAUCAGGGCACCUGUAAGUUGUGAAUGCCCUGGGCUGUACCA